CAAGUGGGCAUAUUAGGAUGAGCGGGUGACGUUUCCAGUUCCAGUUACCAGAGCGAUAUCAACAGAGAAUCAACAGGGGGAGGAUGAAGCGGCGCAAUGCGGACUGCAGCAAACUCCGACGGCCGUUAAAACGGAACCGAAUCACCGAGGGUAUAUAUAGCAGCACGUUCCUGUACCUGAAGUUCCUGGUGGUGUGGGUGUUGGUUCUGCUGGCUGACUUUGUGCUGGAGUUCAGGUUCGAGUACCUGUGGCCUUUCUGGCUUUUCAUCCGAAGCGUCUACGACUCCUUCAGAUAUCAGGGUCUGGCAUUUUCCGUUUUCUUCGUCUGUGUGGCGUUUACAUCGGACAUCAUAUGCCUCCUCUUCAUCCCCGUCCAGUGGUUGUUUUUUGCAGCCAGCACCUACGUAUGGGUCCAGUAUGUGUGGCACACAGAGAGAGGAGUCUGUCUACCCACCGUUUCGCUCUGGAUUCUGUUCGUGUACAUCGAAGCUGCCAUACGGUUCAAAGAUCUGAAAAAUUUUCACGUGGAUCUCUGUCGACCCUUCGCUGCUCACUGUAUCGGCUAUCCAGUGGUGACCCUGGGCUUCGGCUUCAAGAGCUACGUUAGCUAUAAGAUGCGCCUGAGGAAACAGAAGGAGGUGCAGAAGGAAAACGAGUUCUACAUGCAGCUCCUACAGCAGGCUCUACCGCCGGAGCAACAGAUGCUGCAGAGGCAGGAGCGAGAAGCAGAGGAAGCUGCCUUAGCCAAGGGGAUCUCCGAGGUAGAACCCACAGUCAUUACCCAAAACGGAGCGCCGCCCGGGAAGAAAAGCUCCUCAGUCACAUUACCGGAGCUGGAGUACCGCGAGAAAGGGAAGGACAGUACGGCGAAAGAGCGAGAGGGCAAAAAGCAGAACACGGUGGGAAUCAAUAACAACAGUAUUAUACACGCACUGGACUCCAAACUGCAGGAGGCAGAAUUUAUCGAGAACUACGUCGGGACAAAGAGACUGAACAACGACCUGGCGGGGGAGAACGCGCUCACCGACGGGAGCGCGCACAUGUCGGCGAAAGAGGAAAUGGGGGGAACGGGGAAGAACUACAAAAACCCCGGCACCAACUCGUCCCCGCGGAACCACAGCUCCACGAACGGCAGCCUUCCGUCGGGCUCCUCGGCCGGCAAGAACGAGAAGAAGCAGAAGGGGUCAGGCAAAGGCCAGAGGGACCCGGUGGAGAACUGCAUCCCUAAUAACCAGCUGGGGAAACCAGACACUCUAGUCCGGCUGGAGCAGGACGUGAAGCGCCUGAAGGCAGACCUGCAGGCCAACCGGCAGCUGGAGUCGGAGCUGCGCAGCCAGCUCUCCUCGCUGAGCAGCCAGGACCGCAGCCUCCGCUCCGAACUGGGCCAGCUGCGACAGGACAACGAGCUGCUGCAGAACAAGCUCCACAGUGCCGUCCAGGCCAAGCAGAAGGACAAGCAGACCAUAUCCCAGCUGGAGAAGAGGCUGAAGGCUGAGCAGGAGGCCCGAGCUGCGGCUGAGAAACAGCUGGCCGAGGAGAGAAAGAGGAAGAAGAUGGAGGAGGCCACCGCGGCCAGAGCGGUAGCUUUAGCUGCCGCUACCAGAGUGGAGUCCACCGAUUCUCUCCGAGGACGUAUCAGAGAGCUGGAGACGGAAUGCAAGAAGCUCAGCAUGGACAUGAAGCUCAAGGAGGAGCAGAUUAGGGAUCUGGAGGGAAAGUGUCAGGAGCUGCGCAAGUACAAGGAGAACGAGAAGGACACGGAGGUGCUGAUGUCUGCGCUGUCCGCCAUGCAGGAGAAGACCCAGCAUCUGGAGAACAGCCUCAGCGCCGAGACCCGCAUCAAACUGGACCUGUUCUCUGCUCUGGGCGAUGCCAAGAGGCAGCUGGAGAUAGCACAAGGCCAGAUCCACCAGAGGGAGCAGGAGAUCAUGGAGCUGAAGCAGAAGAUAGCAGAAGUCAUGGCAGUGAUGCCCAGCCUGUCCUACUCAUCAGACGGCAGCAACCUGAGCCCAGUCACCCCGCACUACUCCUCCAAGUUCAUGGACAAUAGUCCCUCCUCCCUGGACCCCAACGCCUCAGUCUACCAGCCAAUGAAAAAGUGACUCUUCGUUUUUCUUUUUUUUUUUCGUCAGACAGAAGGUUUCCCUUUUUCCUCGUUUUACCGUCUCUACUGGUUUGGGUUCUUUUAAAGUUUACCAGCCUUUACCAGCGCCCCUGCCCCCCCGAAACCCUCUUGACAAGAUUUUGCACUUAGCACAUGCAGACACACCAAGUCCCUCCAUUUUCUUCUAAAGAUUUUUCUCUACUUUGCUCAAAGGAGGGUUUGGUUUUAUUACGAGAACUCUUUAUUUUGAAGGGGUUGCAUACAAUUUGUCGGCCAAAUGUCUACAGGUGAGCCAUCGCACAUCGCUUCAUGUCAGUUCCCCUUUCCAUUUUUCUUCACAACCAGGUGUCUAAUUGAACAGCAUCAAACUCCUUUGGGGUUUUUAAACAAUGGCUUAAAAGAGACGGAAGGCAUGUUUUUUAGUUUGGUUCGUCCGAGGCUCUCCUGUAAAGUAAAAUAAAGUAAAAGCCCCUCGAGAGGUACAUGAAUGUAAAACAGUUCAUGUUUGGAUAUAUCUGCGUUUAACUUAAAUCCGUGAUUGUUUCGUGAUACUUCGGUUCAGUUCGACAAUGUGCGUAUAUCUGAAACCAUGCUAUUGAAUUCUGUCGCUCUCUAGAUGCGGUAUUGUCUCCUCUGUACUGGAAUAUUGGCUUCUCCAGGAUAAUCAGCAAGUGGAAGAAUUAGACGUAGCUUGCGUCGCCCCUUCAGAAGACAACUGCUCGAUUAGGCCUAGGCACUGCCAAAAACGUUGACGUUAAGGUUCCCUCGCCUCGCCACGAACACUGUUCCCUCUUACUUCUGGACCAAAUUAGGACACAUUAGGCCAUGUCGCUCACCGGAUUCAAUGAUGUCGAGGUAACUGCUCGGUUACCAUAAUUUGCAGACGUAUCAGUGCCUUGCGGAAACCACUUGCUUAGCGAUCCUGGGAUAUUAGCAUCUCACUUUGAAGUCGCACUUCUGUCUCUUUCUCUCCGACUCCGACAUGUCUAGAUUUUAUUUGAGUGCUUAAAAAAGAGCAUUUUCAAGAAGUCAGUAUUCAAAGGAAGAAAAAAAAAACGUAUGAUCAUUGCAGCUAGAUGACAGCAGUUUAGCAGACUUGAAGGGAAAAAAAAAAUACUGGACGUGGGCUUAAUAUGCCAAACGCCAACCCAAACUGAUUGUCUCUUAUCAUGCCCUCAAGCCGGCAUCUUGUUUACAACAAUGUACAUUGAACUUACUGGGGAAUGUUUUUUUUUUUUUUUUUUUUUUUUCCUUUUGCUUAUUUAAUUUUCGUUCUUAAGUGCCAAGUGUUGAUGUUCGGUUCCCAUCCGUACUUUGAUUGAUGUAGCUAGCAUAAUGUUGGCAGCAGCGUGCUGUUCUUUUUUAUGUCAUUAGAACAUAUUUGGAUGGUGUUGUGUUUACAUGGUUCUGGGCUGAUCACAGUGAAGCAGCAGAUGGUCAGUUGGACACAUUGUGUUAAUUCACAUUUUAUUUAUUAAUUUUUCUUUAGAUUUUUUUUUAAUGACAGGCACUUGUUUUGAUAUUUCCCAUCAUACACUGUUUUAUUUCCUUUAUUUUUUUUUAGACCAGGAAGAAUUCUGUGAAUAUUUUUGUGUAAAAGGGAAAAAGGUUACCCCUGAACCAUUUUGACCAUCCUGUGCUGUCACGUCGCCUAUGUUAAAAGAAAAAAAAAAAACUAAAGAAAAAUAGUAUCAUUUGUGGAUCGCUCUUGCAUUGUAACUUAAGUUCUCGAGUUGCUUUUACAAGUUUGUGUAGAAGGAAGUGAAAAGGUUUAAAAAAAGUGCUUUGUUUUAUCUUUUUAUUGUUCUGCCAUGUUUUAUUUUAUUCACUCAAAGUAAUGGUGGCUGUGUCACGGUUCACUUUGAGCCUCACCAUUAAAGAAAGUCUUGCUGGUGGCGUUG